AUGGCCAAGUCCUUGCAACUCAGGACUGGAGGAGUGUCAACACCGUCAGCAUCUUCUUCCGAUUUGCGCUCAACGGUGGUGGAUGGCAUCUCUUCUUGCAAGUCGCAACAGGAGAUUGGAGCCGCCGUUGCCCUGUUGGGCGACUACUUGGACCUCAUGGUUGCAAUACAUCACUUGGAACGGCCUGUUCCAGCGAUGCUUCGAGAGGAUCAGAAACUGAUCAUUUUUCUGGACAGCUUAGGGCCUGAUGCGGAUGUGGAUUUUGCCAAGCAGAUCCUCCAAGCUCAUGACUGGGACCUGCAGGCUGCGGCCACGGUGGUCCAGGGACCAGGGAGAGGCUGGCGAUGUGCGAGCUCCGCUAAGAACAGGCAGGGUCAUUGUGAGGAGGAGGCCAUGGCUGCCAUGGCGGCCUCUCAAGCCACGGAAGCUUCGAGGCAAGAGUUGGAGGAUGCUUUGCGCGCCAGUGAGGAGGAGUUCUUGCGGCAAGCAGAUAUUGAAGAGCAGGCGGCUCUGGCAGCUGCCAUGGAGGCAUCCCAGGCAUGCCAGGCACAUCCAGGCCCCCCGAACUCAGGAUUCCUGAAGGCAGCCGGUCCAGAUCGCGCGGUUGACAACUCUGGUAGUCAUCGUCGAGCCGCACCUUCUUAUCCAGAGCCAGGACUGUCGAGAAGCGUCGCUUCCAGCCGAUCUCCAGGCGCGCCGGAGCUCAAUCCGAGGCCGCCCAACGGCCUUCCAGCUUCCAGGCCAGCUCCAAGCCUUGAAUCAAGAUACACGCCUGUGACAGCAGCUGCAUUUGCAUCCUCGAAGCACAGCAACUUGCAGCCACAGGCAGAUGGAAUCCUCGCUGGGAGGGAAGCUGCUAGAAGACUGGAAACUUCCGAGAAGGCGCUUGAGAAGGAAAAGCCUCGGAAAGCUCCAAGAGUUGCUGAAGAGGGUGAGACGACAAAGAUGCCAAAGCAUGUGCACAAGGCAGAGGUGGCACACAACUCGGGAUCUAUGGAGCCUCGUCAAAGUCCUUUGGACAAGGCAAGUGCGCCCCGGCAACCACCCAGCUACGUUUCUUCAGCAGCCGGCAGCUUCAACAAUAAGGCAAGUGUUCCACGGCAAGCUGCGAGCGCUGCGAUGUCUUCGGGUAUGCCAACCAGCAUCCCUCAAAGCAAGGCAGCUGGACCUCGACAAGCAGCUGGCUCUUCUGCUGUGGCUGUGUCUUCCGGACAGUUGUCAGCUGGCAGCAACCUUCACAAGGUGGCUGGCCCGCGACAAACCGUCAAUCCUGAGCUUUCUGGCGUGUCAGCAGCUGGCAGUCUUCCUCAAAGCAAGGCAGGGGCUCAGCGGCACACCAGCUCCUCAAUCUCUUCAGCUGUUCCAAAGAGCGGCACCAACCUGCCGAAGAGCAAGGCGGGGACUGUGCGACAACCCAUGAGCUCUACUACACCAUCGGAUGUGGCAGCAACUAGCAGCAUGCCUCACACCAAGGCAGGAGCUCCACGGCCCAUGAGCUCUGAUACUUCUGGUCCAUCCAGUGGCAUCAACCCUUCGAAGAGCAAGGCAGCGGCUCGACAACCCACCAGCUCUACCUCGGGUGUGGCAGCUGGCAGCAACGCAGCUGCGCAGAGUCUGGCUGCUGCAGUAGCAAGUGGCAAUCCGCCUGUGCAGGCCGACGUUCAAGUGACGAAAGCAGCUGAGCGUUUUGCGGCCAAAGAAGCUGAAGACCUCAGGAGAGAACGCGAAGAGGCGGAGGUGAAGAGGAAAGAAGCCGAGGCUGGCGAUCAACGUGAAAGUGAUGGAGUUGUUACUGCCUUGCAGGCUCUACGAAGACUUCAUUUAAAGCGCGAUCCGUCCGAGCUUGCUACAUGCUUGCAGACUCUGCGAGCCUACAUCAGCAACCUCGCCAAGUACCCCCAGGAGGUGAAGUACCAGUCCAUUAAUUGUGAGAACAGUCACUUUCGAAACAAGGUCGCAUCUGUGGAGGGUGCUCUUGCGGUGCUGCAGGCGUGCGGGUUUGUAGCUGAUGGAAGCAAGUUGUCGGUGGAUCCCGAGUUCUUGAAGACCAAAGGAGCGAAGCUUUGGGAGGCCUUGAGUAAGGUGGACUUGAUCCUGGAGCAAGUGAAGAGUUGCAGCUGA